CCGACGAAUUCUUUAAUUUGUGUACACGAGCAGCCAUGGAAGAAGCGGCGAAGCUUCCCCUCCCUCUCCUUCCGCUGCGUAUAUAUACAAACACCCCGCGCCCACCUUCCCGAGCCCGGACUGCUCCAGUCUAGACGUAAAGCGGAGAUCUUCGAAAUUUGGAGGGGCCAUUCGCCAAUUGGCCGCGGUUCUUGGAGGGGGGAAGAACAAGGAAGAGAAGGGCGCUGCUUUCUGUUGGGACCCCCCCCCCCCCGGGCUCCGAUCGAGGAGCUUUCUUAACAGAGGAAGUUAACAGUAGCGCAAUGAAGGCACCAUCGAUACUGGUUCAGUGUUUCCCUGGCUUGCUUCCCAGCAAGACCACUAGUUGCGUGCCGAUUGUAACCGAGAGGGAUAUGCAUUUACCAUCACCAACUGUUGAAAUAAUCCCAUCAAAGAGUGCCCAUCCUUACAAAUAUGCUGGAGAGAAGGUUGAUGUGCAAGGUCUUGAUAUUUUCAAGGGGAAGGUCAGCGUGGCAGAUAUGAUAGCCUUUUCACCUUCUGAAGUAACAUCAUCAAAAUAUGAUGGAACUCUGAAAUAUUGGGAGAGUUCCAUUACUCUUGUCAACAUUCUUAAAAAUGAGAUCCGUGAUGGACAGUUGAGCUUCAGGGGCAAGCGGGUUCUAGAGCUCGGAUGUGGAUCUGGUCUGUCUGGGAUUUUUGCCUGCUUGAAGGGUGCAUCCACAGUUCACUUUCAAGACAUAAAUGCAGAAACCAUACGAUGCAGAACAAUACCCAAUGUUCUUGCAAAUCUUGAGCAGGCCCGGGACAAGCAGAACAGACCAUCAGAGAGCCCUGUUACACCAUCUAGGCAGCUGUUGGAUCCCAAUGUACAUUUCUACGCUGGGGAAUGGGAUGAGCUCCCCACAAUUCUCUCAGUUGUGCAGCCACCUGCAGCUCCAACAAACCUAAGCUUCUCUGAGGAUGAUUUUAUGGAUGGCUUCAGUAGCCAUGACGGGAGCAGUAUAGUUGGUCACGACUACUUGCCCAGGCGAUCCAGGAAGCUUUCUGGUAGCCGGGCAUGGGAGAGGGCUAUUGAGGCCGACCAAGCAGAUGGUGGCUAUGAUGUGAUUUUGAUUUCUGACGUCCCCUAUGCAGUGAACUCUCUGAAGAAGCUCUAUGCCCUUAUUUCAAAGUGCCUACGUCCUCCAUAUGGGGUCUUGUAUGUGGCUUCAAAGAAGAAUUUGGUUGGUUCCAAUGGCGGUGCGAGGCAGCUUCGAGCUUUGAUGGAAGAGGAAAGUGUCCUUGGUGGCCACUUUUUAACUGAGUUAUCUGACAGGGAGGUCUGGAAGUUCUUCUUCAAGUGACCAAAUCCAGGAACAUCCUGGCCUCAAAACACAUUUUUUUGGUUCUAUCACAGUGCUGUACAUACCGCGAAGCAUAGUUCCAUUAAUUCUUUGGUAGUAGGUUGAAAACUGGGGGGGGGGGGGGGGGAGUAUGCUUAGUUGAGCUUGCACAAGUGUUGAAUUUCGCAAAUGUUUUAUUGUUUUGUAGAUCUAUGUUGUUCUGUUAAGUACAGAAGGCAAUUGUAGUGGCCUUUGCAUACCAAUAUAUGAUGAUGGCAACUCAGAGCAUGGUAUCAGCAACUUUCACAAAA